AGUGUCAUCGUUUGACUUUUUUCUUUUUACACGUCAUAUUUAAGUUUCUACAUUAAUUUUACUAUAAUUAUAUUUUGCUUUACUCCGUUCUGAAAUGGCCCAAGAUCCUGAAAACCCCAAUACAGGCCUGGCCCCUCCGCCGCCGCCUCCCAUGCCUAGCUUGUUUUCCAGAGGACAGAAUCGAAUGGGUUACAGGAGAUUAGAGGAAGACGAUGAAAUGCUCAUGCCUCGUCCCAGUAUUUUACUCCCUCAGCUCCAAGAGUCUGAAAAGCGCUUUUUUGAACUAGUUCACUCAGGGGACGUUGUCGCCGUUAGUGAUUUUCUCAAUGAGAAUCCCGGUUUCAACAUAAAUUGCGUGAAUUUUCAAGGAGUGUCAGGUUUAUUAAUCGCUGUUCAAAGCAAAUCGGACGCUAUGGUGGAGUUUUUACUCUCUCAGCCUAACAUUGAAAUUGGCGAUUGUGUACUUCAUGCCAUUAGAGACAAUCAGCCGAAAAUAUUAGAGAUGCUUCUGGAUAAACAAAGAAUGAUAGCGCCUAGUCUGGAAUACGUUGGGGUUACUCAUAGUUCUGAUUAUGCUGAUUAUAUCACUCCGUUGAUUCUUGCUGCUCAGUGUGGUCAUUAUGAAAUUAUUCAAAUGUUGAUAGACAGAGGGCACACUAUAAGUAAGCCUCACUCUCCUACAUGUAGGUGUGUAGAUUGUAAAGCUCAGUUAGACAGAGAUGAUCUCUUGCAUGCUGAACAGUUAAGAUUAAACUUAUAUAGAUCGGUUUGCAAUCCAGCUUAUAUUUGUCAUUCUUCACGUGAUCCAAUCCUGACAAGUUUUCAGUUAUCCACCGAACUGAGACAGUGUGCAAAGUACGUUCCAGAAUUUAGAAAUAACUACACAGAAUUAGCUCAAGAGGUUAGCAACUUUGCUGUAGAACUUGUAGGAAAUUGUAGAAACUCUGGUGAAGUUGAAAUUGUUUUAAGUCAGAAAUCUGGUAUUCAGAACCCUGGAAUUUUUACGUACCCUAGAUUAGUUCUAGCAAUGGAUUACAAACAAAAGUUCUUCAUAGCUCAUGCUCACACUCAACAUGUGGUAGAAAACAUAUGGCGCGGUAACUGGUACGACUACAACUUGAAACCAAUACCAGCGAAAAUAAUUUAUCCCAUUUUCCGAAUACUUUUACUUCCAGUUAUAACAGUCAUGUGUAUAGUUCUUCCUAAACACCAGAUGGUGGCCCACUGGAGCAUCCCACUUAACAGAAUGAUCAACCAUGCAGCAGCAUAUAUCGUUUUCCUCAUAGUCGUCUUCAUCGAGUCCAACAUGUCCAAAGAAAAUCAGAAACGUUUACCCCCUUCAAGUGGCCUAGAACCUGCUAUAAUGAUAUUUGUUGUGGGCAACUGCUGGGGUAUAAUACGAAUGUGCCUCAUUCAAGGGCCCAAACGAUAUUUUAAAUACCUCUGGAACUGGCACGCUGUUAUUUCAAACACUUUCUUUCUCCUAACGUUCGUUUUUUGGUUAGCUUCUUAUUUAGAUGCUUUAAGCAACGACCAAAUAGAUUUGGAGAGAAAGUAUUGGCACCACCUCGAUCCAAUUUUGAUAGCAGAAGGUUGCUUCGCUGUUGCAACUAUAAUGACUUUCUUUAGAUUGAUGUUUUUCUGUCGAUUAAAUUACUAUUUAGGACCUUUACAAAUAUCCCUAGGAAAAAUGUGCAGCGAUAUGGCGAAAUAUAUUACCAUAUUCAUAAUAAUUAUCAUUUCUUUUACCGCUGGGAUGUGCAGAUUUUAUAACUACUACGACGGUAUGGUUCAGGUUGAUUCCAAUCAAAUAAAAACUGCGCAAACAUCUUCGUUCAUAGAUGUUAGUACUACUCUAAAAACAUUUUUCUGGGCUCUUUUUUGCAUGGCGCCUUUAGAAUCUGCCGACGUAAUUAUAGAAAACUUACCAGGAGAGACUGAAAAUACCACAAUUAUAAACAAGCACCUGUUCACGGAAGCUAUUGGAUACAUAGCAUUUGCGCUCUUUGAAGUACUGACGGUUAUAAUGAUCCUGAACAUGUUGAUUGCCACCAUGUCUUCUACUUUUCAAAGGGUUUUGGAUAAUAUUGAUGUUGAAUGGACCUUUGGUAAAACAGAUUUUUAUUUAGAAUAUAUGCUGCAGUCUACACUUCCUCCACCGUUAAAUUUAAUACCGACACCUGGCGGAAUAACCACUUUUAUGGAAUGGUUUCAAACUCCAAAAGUUGAUCCAAGAGAAGAGGAAAAAAAGAAUGACUAUCCGGCGCUGAUGUCCCAGUUAGUUCAGCGAUAUUUCAGAGAAAAAGAUUCUGCCACUAGUCCUGAAGGUGACUUAGAAACUCUCAAGUUAGAUGUUGCAGACAUUAAACAAAUAGUUACCGACAUUUUUGAAAGGGGGCCUUAAUUUUAGAAUAAAAGUUUGAAAA